AUGAAAAAUAAACCAAAAAUUUCGCCUGUUUGCACAUCGGACACUUUUGCCGAAAAGAAAAAUAUACCGGCAAUUUCUGUACCUUUCCCACCAAACAUAACGACUGAAGAUUUCCUUAAAAGAAGAAAAGAUGGCAGUCUUCCAAGCAGAUCAAUGAAUUCUUUUAUGCUCUAUCGAGCAGCAUUCAAUAAAGAAAUUCGCACAAAAAGAUUAUGUGUAAAACAAAAAAAAUUAUCACGUCGAAUCUCGGAUUCUUGGCAGAAUGAACCCGAACACGUAAAACGAGUGUAUAGGCGUCUUGCAAUAAGAGCUCAACAAGAACUUGAACAAAAGCGCAAUUUAAUAGGAUCCGGCCCAUUUUUCGUCUUUGCGGCUGAUGACAGAUUUUGUUAUUCAGAACCUUUUAAUUUAGAUAAUAUUAAUUCCAAUGAAAAUAUAAUAAAUGACCAUUCUCCAGCAGAAGCAGCAUCAGACUCGUACCAAAUUACAUCUAUCAACAACGACAAUAACGACGAAAACCAUUUUAAUUCGGGUAUUAUUGAACCUUAUAAAACUAUUAUCAAUGAUAAUUCUCCAGCAGAAGCAACAUCAGACUCGUUCCAAAUUACAUCUAUCAAUAACGAAAAUAACGACAAAAACCCUUUUAAUUUAGAUAAUAUUAAAUCUUAUGAAAAUAUAAUCAAUGUUAAUUCUCCUAUGCUCUUUCCCGCAGAAGCAGCGCCAGACUCGAUUCAAAUCAAUAACGGCAAUAACGACGAAAACUCUUUUAAUUCAGAUAAUAUUAAUUCACAUGAAGCUAUGAUCAAUGAUAAUUCUCUAAUGUUCUUCCCAGCAGAAGUAGCACCAGAUUCGAUCCAAAUUACAUCUACCAAAAAUGAAAAUUAUACACAAGAUUCAUUUUAUCAUGAUGAUAAUCUUUUUAAAAAUUAUUUAAGUAAUUUUCUACCAAUUCCGGAAUUAUCAUCUGACGGAACGUUCAUGGAUAUAAACUAUUUGACACUAUAA